UCAGCUGUUAACUUCUGGAAUUGGCUGAAUGGAUCCAAACAAGCCCUCUGACUUUAGUGGUAUGACAAGCGUUCCUUUGUUGGGACGUGGAAGAGGUCUGCCAUCUCAACAGCAGGCCAUUGGACGUAGUAGAGGGCUGCCGAUCCUUACAGAAGGACCAAGUGAAGAACAAGCCAGAAGUCAUCCCACUGCUGGUGAUACAUCAUCAGACACACGAGGACGAGGACUUAAUGUAGCAGCUACUGAACCUGCGAUUGGACGAGCCCGAGGGUUGCUGGUUCAACCCAGGGGUGGAGGACAUGGCCGGGCCAGAGAGUUGUUCUAUGCAGAACGUGAACAUCAGAUAGGAGUAGCUAGAGGUUCAUUUCUGCCACCUCAUGUGCAAAAACCUCCAAGUGAACCCCAGAUACAAGACCAACUUAAAGAGACUACAAAAGAGGUUGACAUGCCUACCCAAGGACAAGGCUCAGCAUUGGUAUCGAUGUUUAGAGGAAUGGGAAUUGAGGUGCCAUGGGGAAGAGCAGCUCCACCAGUUGGAAGAGGAGCAGCUGGAGAUUUGGGAAAGGCAAUACAACAAGACUCCCCUCUAGGUGUAAUCAGCAGUACAGAGAGACUUGGUCAACCACAAGAGGUGAUGGGCAGAGGCAGCAGUUUCCUUGGCCAAGGUUGACCCACCAGACAAUGUUGGGGGCUUGGAAGAGCAGCAGUCUUGCCACAGCUUGGGUGUUGGAAGAGCUCUUCCUUAUCUUCCCUCCAGUUCUCC